CACCACGACGGUACUACCAGUGACGCUUAACGGGAGAAGUGAACUCUAUAUUGCAAUUGAAGGGAUUAGCAUCCCCCGCGCACCUUGACUAUCGCCCCUCGGGCACUAAGUAGCUCAGCGAUCGACAAUGUCAGCUCGAAGGGCUCUUGGCAUCCAGGAGAUCCUCUGGAUGGUCCUGAACCACUUCCACCCGGAGAGGUGGUUGGACACCGACGGGCUCCGGAGUGGCAAAGUGUCGCUCCCAGAGCUACGCCGCACUCUGGCACGUUUGGCGCGUGUCUCUCGCGCCUUCUCUGGGCCUGUAAUAUGUGCCCUUUGGGCGGUCAUCGACGACUUUGAGCCUCUGCUUCGCCUGCUCUCGUGUUGUCAGGUGGUACAAAUCGAGAGCGAUUGUAGCGAAAUUGACGACGAAGAGAGCAAGCAAGUCCCUGAGGACGUGGACGAACGGAACACUCUACAGGUACUGAGCGGAGAGGUUAGCCCCGCGGACUGGGAGCGCUUUCAGUACUACGCCGGGCUAGUCCACAUCUGCUUGCAUGAUUACGAUGCAACCAUCGACCCGUCGGUCUAUCUGCAACUCUCCCUCUACAACGGUGGCAAGCCGCUGCUUCCCAGCCUCCGUUACUUGCAGUGGCAACAGCAGUCGUGCAACACCUAUGACCUGCUGCACAUAAUCGGGCCGUCCCUCCGGCGAGUUCGACUUCGCAUCGGAGACUUGGAGAUCUGGGCACGCUCGCAGACGCGAACACGCUCUGCAAUACGCGCCUGGAUACACCUCCGACACGUGUAUGUCGGCUCCCUCGUCGAGGUUGCUGUCCUUCAGAUGCUGGCGGACCACCUGGAGAACCUCAACUCCUUACGGAUGGAUCUAUCCGAUAUCAGGGGACGCGGGGAGACGUGCCAUGGAUUUAGGAGCCUUGAGUCGCUUCGUAUUAAAGGCAUUCCUCCCGCCCUCGAGUGGUUCUUCGAGGGCACUCAACUUCCCCGACUCCUUGACCGUGUCUAUCAGCGCUGGCUUACUAGGGACACGUCCGCUCAUCUAUCGGACGCGGACAUCGUGGAGAUCACCCGCCACUGGUCAAAGCUGCGGUCACUCAAGCUCGACCAUGUCUUCACGACCGUCGAGCCAUCUGUGCGUACCCUGGACAUCAUCGCGCGUGGCUUACCGCACCUCGAGGAACUCGUACAUCCCCGACAAGCCCUGCGCUCCGCCGCACCACAACCUGUGGCACAUCUUCUUCUUCCGCGCAAUAAUCUCAGACAGAGGGCGUUCCACGAAGUACAGGUCUUCCCGAAUGUCGUCCCCUCGCUCCCGACGCUCUUCCACAGGCGUCCCUGCGAGGACUGGUGCCUCAUCGUUGACAGCUUCCGGCCCGUCCACUGA